UGCCAAUAGCCUGUGCCUGUGCUAAGUAUAGUUAAUCAUUAAAAGAACAAAAAACCAAAAACUAAAACAAUGCUGCCCGCCAAUCUGGGCGCUGCAAAUGUGAGCCAAGGAAAACGGGAAGUGCCCAUUACCAUGUCGCCAGUAAAACCGGGGAACAACAGUGGUGUCUCUGGCGGCACACUGACGGCAAAGGCAACAAGCAAGGCGCCAGAGGAGCUGCGUUAUUUGCCCAUUGCCACAAUGCCCACCAAGCCCUGUAAUAUAACAAUUAGCAGUUAUAAAACGAAUAAUAAUAAUAGUUGUAAAAAUAUGAACAACAAUGCGGCUGCAAUUAAAACCAAACUGACACCAAUGAAUAUUGUACAAAAACAGUUGAAAGCGAGCAAUAAUAAUAAUAAUAACAAUAAUAAUAAUAUAACUGCAGCAGCGCCGCCACUUAUACAAUUGGUUGCCAACAGUUCCAAUGGCAAUGCCAACUCGCUGCUAUCCAUACUGUCGCCCAAAACGCUCAUCAAGCCCGCUAGCAAUAACAGCAAUGGCCAGGCUACGGCUCAGCCGCAACCUGUGCUCAUACGACCGGCCACCACGAUGACCACGAUUCCUGUACAGCAGCAAAAUGGUGCCAAUCACAACAGCAACAACAACAGCCACAGCUCGGGAGCAGCAGCAGCGGCAGCAGGCACCGUGGCACCAUCUCACUUGAUAUCGCUGGUGGCCGCCAAAACACCUUGUAAAACGGCUGCUGUUCCAGCUAGCUCUGCCGCUGCCCAAAUUUCAUUGCUUUCAAAGUCUCGUACUCCAGUUAUAUUGAGCAAAGCGGCCGUGGAGAAAAUCCGUUUGAAGUUUGGCCAGGCGCAGGCGCAGGUAAACGCCGGUGCGCUGUUUUUAACUAAAUCGCUCAAGCCCAACGGCAUCAAUACCAACAAUACCAGCAAUAGCAACAACAAAAGCGGCAAUUCUAGGCCAGCACAGGAGACAGCAGGAGCAACGCAACCGGCAGUACAAAAGCCUUUAGGCGUUGUGGCCACUUCCACGUCCAUGCCCACGCCAAUGCCUGCGCCCAUGCCUACGCCCAUGCCCGCGCCCAUGCCUACGCCUAUGCCCUUGCCCAUGCCCAUGCCCAGCAAUGCUCUGCCAGAGAUCAAGAUCAGUCCGCUGCCUGCCGUCGCUCUGAAUGGUGCCAAAAUCAUGAAAGUACAGGCGAGCCCAUUGGCUGUGAUUAUGCCAACAGUGCCAGCGCCAGUGCCAGAGCAAGCUCCAACAACAACAACAAUCACAACCACAAUUGUGCAACCAAGUGUGCAACAGGGUUCACCCAAGCUGCAGCGCUCCAAGUCGUUGGCGGGCAAUGAGGAUAAUGCGGCUGUCAUAUUAAUACAAAGCAAUGCCACAGAGCGGCGACAUUCGGUAGCCAUUAUGGCCAAGGAAGUGGAUGUCGUGGAGCAGACAAAGCCCAUCGAAACCAUAACCAUAGAAGACGAUGACAGCGAGGAGGAAAAGGAGGCACAGUUCAAUCAGCAGCAGGAAAAAAGGCAGCAACUGGCACAAAAGAUGCAGCAACAUAAACCACAACAACAACAACCACAACAAAAAACACCCACAACAUCUACACAAACAUCGAGAAAAAACUCAACAGCCAGUCGGAGCAGCAUCACCAGCAGCAGCAGUAGCGAUGUGGAAAUGAUUAUUAUGCCGGAGGAGGUGCGGCCUAAGCAAUUGGAAACAAAGCAACCAGCCAAUGGUGCCAUUAUAAAUAUUGUUAAGGCUGAGACGCUGUCGCUCUCCAAGGAGGAAUUUGAGAAAUCGCUACGUUGCGAUGAGCACGUGGACAAUAGUUCGCCCUCUUCCGUGUGCACUAAUCACACCUCAAAAUCGGGCACCAUCACGUUAACGCCCAUUUCUCGGCUGCAACAUAAUGGCGUUGAGCCGAAGACGGCCGCUGCUGUUACAUUAAACACUUUUAAGCGUAGCAUGCAACAGCAUUUUGGUAUGUUGCGCUGGCGAGAGAAACAGCCGGGCAUGCUGCAGAAUUCCACAAUGCGCUUCGAGCUUAAUCGCUACAAUUUGCUGCAGUUGGCGGAGCGCUGCGAUUCGCGUCAGGGUCCCGCCAGCUACUUUGAGCGCGCGCUCUUCGAUCGUCCCGUACGCCGACCCAACAGCACCACCCAUCCAUUACUCUAUUUAUGCUCGCGCUGCAACUGUCAUGGACCUGCCUCGGAUUUUCUGGCGCCGCGUUUCUGCUCACUUAGCUGUGUUCGACGAGCGCAUAAACGUCGUCAGCUCAAUCCGCCUGGCGUGGCCAGCGAGAGUAAAAUAAGUCGCUUGCAGGAGCCAAAGUUGGUCCAAAAUGGUCACCUACAGCAACAUCAGCAACAGCUCCAGCUGCAGCAGCAGCAGCAGCAGCAGCAACUGCAGCUACAACAGCAACUGCAACGGGAACAGGAACGCGAACGGGAGCGUAAAUCAACCACCGCAAAGCGACCUUUUCGCUGGACCGAAUAUCUCAAACUGAAGACUAAUGGUGAUGCGGCGCCUAUACAUCUUUUCCUCAAUCCCUUUCCCAUCAAACCCAAUUGCUUCAAGCGUGGCAUGAAACUGGAGGCCAUUGAUCCGGAGAACUGUUCGCUAUUCUGCGUCUGCACCAUUGUUGAGGUGCGUGGCUAUCGCUUGAAACUCAACUUUGAUGGCUAUUCGAGCAUGUAUGAUUUUUGGGUGAACGCGGAUUCCAUGGAUAUCUUUCCGCCGGGCUGGUGCGAACGCACCUCGCACGUACUGCAAGCGCCCAAAGGCUAUUGCCCGGACCGUUUCACCUGGUAUCGCUAUCUGGUCAAGACCAAGGCAAAGGCAGCGCCUUCUACACUCUUCACCCAUCUCAAUGCAACCAAGCAUACACAAAUUAAUAACUUCAGUGUAGGCAUGCAUCUGGAGGCCGAGGAUUUAAAUGAUACGGGCAAGAUUUGUGUGGCUACCGUGGCAGAUAUACUGGAUGAGCGCAUACGUGUACAUUUUGAUGGCUGGGACGAUUGCUACGACUUCUGGGUGCAUAUCAACUCGCCCUACAUACAUCCCUGCGGCUGGCAUGAGGGUCGCCAGCAGCUGAUCGUGCCACCAGACUAUCAGAACAUUUUGUUCAACUGGGCUGACUAUAUUGAGGAAGUGGGCGGCAUUGCGGCGCCCGCGGAUCUGUUUAAGCCACGAGAGCCCAUGGAAUUUCAAGCGCGCAUGAAGCUCGAGGUUGUCGACCAGCGUAAUCCCUGCUUGAUACGACCAGCGACGGUGGUCACACGCAAGGGCUAUCGCGUCCAACUGCAUCUUGAUUGCUGGCCAGCGGAGUACUAUUUUUGGCUGGAAGAUGAUAGUCCCGAUUUGCAUCCGAUUGGCUGGUGUGAGGCCACCUCACAUGAACUUGAAGUACCGCCGGGCUUCCAGCAGCGUGCCUCUCUGAUGCCCUGCGACGUGGCAGGCUGCCGCGGUUUUGGCAACGCCAAACGCUUCAAUCUAAAUGUGCACGCCCUACGUGAUUGCUGUCCCUAUGCGCCAGAGAACUGGCGCCAGUGGCGUGCGAAGACGGUGAAGCCGCCACGCGUUCUACCUGAACAUAUCAAGCGAACUGAGUCACCUAAGCCGCUUCCGCAGCCACAGCCGCAGCCGCAGCCUAUUAAGACACCCUCACCAAUUUUGGAAAGUCAGUUAAACACGAAUUCGAAGCCAGCGGCUAGUGUCAAAGCUAAAACAUACGGAAAAGCGAAGAAAUCACGACCGAGCCUGGACUGUGAACCAAAACCCAAGCUAAAGCGUGAGGAGCCCAAGCCGUUGUCCGUUGAAGUCAAGUCAGAACCUGUCCUAAAAUCUGUCGAAGAUGAACGCAUGGAUCUAAAUCCGCACUGCCUGUCCAUAGCCAAGACCAUUGUGGCGGAAUAUGGGCCACAAUUUGCGCGCAAUUAUCGCUUGUGGCAAAAGAACAGCGAUUUUGACAUGGCGCAGCUUAAAAGCAAUCCGCUCUACUGGACCAACUGGGAUGUCUAUGAGUUUGUUGAGCGUGCGCUGAAAUCCCCCAGCAUUGCUCAAUUGCUUUUUGACGAGGAGAUCGAUGGACGCGCUCUUUUAAUGAUGGGACGCAAAGAUUUGGCUACCUACUUCAAGCUUAAAGUGGGUCCAACGGUAAAACUCUUCUCGCUGAUUGUCAAUCUGCGCAUUGCGGUCGCGUGCAAGUUUGCCACCAAGGAGACGGGUCUCAAUUUUAAUCGGGUCAGAUGUUCAACACUGCCUGGCAAACAGGAAUCGGUGGAGAAUAAACCAGAACUCAAAACAGACAAUCAUUUGACUGCAACGCCAAAUGGCUUGCAGCAAGCAGAGGUUGUAGAUAGCUCAGCAGAACAAGAAAAUCUUAAAGAGGAGCGAGACGAGGAAGAAUACGAAAAUGAUGUGGAUUUUGAUUAUUCAGAGCACCCAGAACGAGAGCUUACUGACGAGGAGGACGUUGUGCUGGACAGCGAGGAUUUUCUUAGCGUUAAGCCCCUACACAGCAUUGUCAACAGUGUGGGAACUAUUGAAGAUACAGAUUCAGAUGUUACUAUGACGCCCCUGGAUAUGCUGCCCGUGAGUGUAUGAUAGGGCACCCCAUCUGCCGCCAGCCAUUAUGUUUCAAGAACGUUUAGUUUUUAAGUCAAUUUUUAUCAACUUAUAACUAUGGAAAUUCAGUUUAAUUAGUUGACCUAUUUCUAUAAGAUUUGUUGCGUUGGCUCGUUUUCAUUUGAUUGAUAUUGCGUAUAUUCUAUUGAUAUGGUAAUUAUUCUUUAAGCGUUUCAAUUAAAGCU